GCACUGACGACAUUUCCUCGGCGCUGUUCCGAUCUCUGUCCGUUUGGUUUCCCCGAAAAUCGACCACAGACACGGGAGACGGAGGAGCUAUCUGCGCGCUCCGGGCCAACGACUCUGGUUAGGUCAGGCGUUUACAGUAAAGGGAGGGGGCGAGGCAAAGCGCUUUUUUACCCUCCGUGUUCACACAACAAGCAAAGCAGAGGACAACAUUUGAACCAAAGAAACGCGGAUUUUUGGUGAUGGAUGGAUAGGACGCAUAGCUUUGACCGAGGCAGUGUGGAUGUCCUGAGCAGCAGGUGUAUCCAGGGAUAAACGGGAAUCUCAGUGUUCAUGAAACUUUGCUACGAUUUACGUGCUGGGGUUGCCGUCCGCCAUGUUAAGGUAAAGCCUGGCUGCGCGGUGUUGACCAUGCUAAAGCGCCUGGACAAGAUCCGCUUCCGAGGCCCCAGGACAAGAGAGGACUUCCCGGAUCUCGGAGAUUCGCCGCCCGCCUCCGACAACGAAUGUAGCGAUGACGUGCAGCUGAAGCCCAAAGCCAGGGACACGGAGGACCUGCUCAGAGACCCUGCGGGUUCGGGGUCUCCCAACAUGGCCACCACCAUCCAGGACUUUCAGAGGGCGGAGUCAGACCGGCUCAAUGAAGUCAAGGGACACCUGGAAAUUGCCUUAUUGGAGAAGCAUUUUCUACAGGAGGAGCUGAGGAAACUUCGAGAAGAGACCAAUGUCGACUCUAUACGACAGGAGCUGGACAGGGAGCGGACCAAGAGACUGGAUCUGGAGCAGAAGAUGAACGAUCUGCUCAAAAACAGGCUCGAGGACUCUCCACCGCAGCCCCCUCGAAAACAGCAGUCCCCCUCCAACUCCUCCAACAAUGGCACAGCAGAGAAGCAGCACCGAGAGGUGUGGAGCUCGCGGCUUCAGAAGUGGCUGUAUGAGCGAUUUGGGGUUUACCUCGAAGAUUUCCGGUUCCAGCCGGAGGAGAGCACCGUGGAGGCAGAGGAGCCGCUAAGUGCUAAAAGGUUGACAGAAAAUAUGAGGCGGCUAAAGCGAGGAGCCCGACCCGUCACAAAUUUUUUAAGGAAUCUUUCAGCCUUAUCCAAUUGGCACUCUGUCUACACGUCUGCAAUUGCCUUUAUUAUCUACAUGUAUGCUGCUUGGCAUGGCUGGGCCAUUCCCAUGUUCCUCUUCCUGGCCAUCCUGCGUUUGUCUUUGAAUUACCUCAUUGCCAGAGGCUGGAGAAUCCAGUGGAGCAUUGUGCCUGAAAUCUCUGAACCACUGCAGGAGCCGCCAAAGGAAGACCUCACAGUGUCAGAGAAGUUUCAGCUCGUAUUAGAUGUUGCACAAAAAGCACAGAACCUAUUUGGUAAGAUGGCAGAUGUUUUGGAGAAGAUAAAGAACUUGUUCAUGUGGGUUCAGCCUGAGAGCACCAGGAAACUUUACAUUUGUUUGUGGAUUGCGUUCAUCACCUCCUGUGUCUUCCCAUACAAGCUAAUGGGCUUCAUGAUGGGUCUGUACGCUGGGAUUAAGUUCUUCAUCAUAGAUUUCUUGUUUAAGAGCUGCCCAAAACUGAGGGACAAGUAUGACACACCUUACAUUGUGUGGAACAGCCUCCCCACAGACCCCCAACUCAAAGAGAGGACUAACGCCACUGUGUCCAGACGGAUUCAGCCGGUGGCGUCCAGAGGAAGCCUCGCUACUGUCCCCUGUGGUGUGAGCAGAGAGGAGGAGACGGGCCGGUCCCACAGCACCAAGAAGGGAGCCUUUCAUGAGGUCUUUAGUCUGCCGGAGUCAGAGCGCCCUCUGGCAGUCUGUGAGAAUGGCUGGAGGUGCUGCUUGAUAAACAGAGACAGGAAGAUGCCCACAGACUACAUCCGCAACGGUGUCCUCUACGUCACGGAAAACUAUCUGUGCUUUGAAAGCUCCAGCUCAAGGGCAAAUGCGUCAAAGAAAAACAAAGUGAUCAAACUGGUCGAUAUCACCGACAUACAGAAGUAUAAAGUGCUGUCAGUGCUGCCAGGAAGUGGGAUGGGCAUCUCUAUAGCAACACCCUCCACACAAAAGCCAUUGGUGUUUGGUGCCAUGAUCCAUCGAGACGAGGCGUUCGAGGCCAUCUUCACUCAGUACAUGAAGAUAAUGACGACGAGCAAACCACCGUCCAGCGCUGAACUGUAGGCUACUGUCGUCAUAGCAACUGACUAAAUUCACUAUGAAAGGGUCUGUGGUGUAGACCCAACGCCUUUUAAAGGUUCAACUGCACUGGAAGAUACCUAUCACAAGCCCCUCCCAGUCUUCUGUCUGCCUCCAGCUCUGAUUGGCUGAUUUCCACUUGUGGGAGGAGCUACAGUGAAUGAUACGCUGGUUAGCUAUUGGGGUUUCGGUACUGGUCAAGUCUCUACUACGAAGUGGAGGACUUUGAAAUUGUUUUAUCAUUGGGUAAAGUUUAAAGAGGAGGCUGGUACUCUUCUGAAUGACUGAAAAACUUUGCCCGCUGCUAUGCUAACCGCGUCCCUGUGUCUGCAUGUGUUGUGUGUGCGUCUAGUGGCUAUGUUUUUGUACUUUAUGGUCCUGGGGGAAAGAAGAUACACAUAAUUAUAAUAUAGGCAAGUGGAGAUAGGGCUGGAUAAUAAAAAAAAAAAUACUUUUUUCA